AUGGCGGCGCAGGCCAAGUUCCACGUCGGUUGCAAGCCAGUAGGAGGAAGGCUCGCUACGAGGACCAUCAAAGCAGAGAAUGUUUUCUUCUACCCCGAAAUCUGGAACUCGAUCGAAAACUGGGACAAGCUCGCGUUGAAGGAUCGUGUAUUCGCUCUACACAGCCGAUGCUUGCAUUUCGCUGCCAUCAACAAAUCCGAGACGGCGAAAGCAGCUGUCUCAGUUGUUGCAGACUCUAUCGUCAAGGCCGCUUCAUCACAGUCACUGGUGGCUUCUCGGUCAGAGCACCUCGGGGCGUUGGUUGAUCUGAUGGUUUCUUUUUAUGAGGAGACCGAAGACCCGAUCUACCUAGGCGCCAUCAACUGGAUUUUGGAGAGAACUGACCCCGACCUCGAAUACGGCCCCAGAACCUUUACCAGCGGCAUGGGCGCAUUUGCAAACUUCGAAGAGGAUCUCACUGAAGAGGCAGCUAUACACCUACAGGCAGAGCUCAUAGUACGCAUAUUAUCAUAG